AUGUGGGAUGAGAGCGAUGAGUCUUUUGAUUUCAGAGAAGCAAAUCAGAAACUUGCCUCAGUCGAAACUUCAAAACGUGCGGGAAAUGCGCAUUCGAAAGAGAAUGUAGAUGGUGGAAAAGAUCUUCCAUCUAAUGGAAAAGCGAUAGCUUCAAAGGAGGAAGCUGGAAAAUCCAAUAAAAAAGCGAAAGCUUCAAAGGAGGGAGCGGGAAAAUCCAAUGAAAAAGCGAAAGCUUCAAUGGAGGAAGCUGAAAAGUGUGCUAAGCCAGAAGAGACAGUGAAAUCUCGAGAAAAAACAUCAGCCAAUAUGACAGAAAUCCCAGGUGUUCAUUUAAAAUCUUCACACAUUAAUUUCCAUUUCUCCACGACCUUGAAUAAUAAAAAGGAGGAUCUUAAUCCAGAUUUCACUCGGAGGAACAAGAAGAAUUUAAAGGAGAUUUUCAAUGCUGUGAGUAGAGAGAGACUGAUUUUCUGUUUAUUUGUGUAUAGUCCGCAUCGGAAUUACAAUUCUGUUUCCUUUGACCUUCCAAAGUAUGUGCGCUCUCACCUGACCCGCAUGGUAGCCGUGGUGUUAUGUUAUUAUGAGAUAGAGUAA